AUGGCAAACCUCCAACCCCCAAUUAUCGAUUCUCACAUCCACCUCUUCACUGCCGAACAUCUCCCCUACCUCGCCUGGACAAGCCCUACAAACCCACUGCACUCAGAACACUCAAUCUCGGAAUAUCUUGCUUCUAUCCCGGAAACUCAACGCGAUUCUUUCAAAGGCUUUGUCUUUAUUGAGACCGACCGUGUUCACACGGAGCCAUCACAAGCUGCAAUCGCAAGUAACGACGAAAAGGCUCUAAAGACUUCGUGGGAAUGGACAAUUGAAGAAUUCAACUUUGUCUACAAACUGUCUGAGCAGAAUGAGCUUGUACGGGGAAUUGUGCCUUGGGCCCCGAUGAAUCUGGGGGUUCAGGCGCUUGAGAGGUUUUGGUCACUUCUGGAGCUAGAGGGAGAGAGCAACAAACGUAGAAAGGAAAUGCUGAAGGGCUUCCGGUAUCUGGUACAGGAUAAACCGAAGGGUACGAUCCUGAAGAAGGAAUUCGUAGAUUCGAUGGAAUGGGUUUGGAGAAAGGGACUGGCUGUGGAGAUUGGGGUGGAUGUUAGGAGUGGUGGCAUCUGGCAGCUCGAGGAAGCGGUAUUGGCAAUUGAGAGUAUUGUCAAGAAGGACGUGCCGGAUAACGUUGGUUCCUUUGUGAUUAAUCACCUUUGUAAACCGCCACUAAACACUUCGCCUGCGGACAUACCUUCAUCAGAGAUAUUCAAAGGCUGGUCUGGUCUGCUCACCCGUGUAGCCUCUGCCCACCCCUCAAUUACGAUGAAGCUUUCUGGCAUAUUCUCUGAGCUUCCACACAAUUCCGAGUCCUAUCCAUCAACACAUAGCAAGGAAUCUGUUAUCUUGGAUCUUGUGUCGCCAUGGGUAAAUGAAUUAUUUAACAUAUUUGGAUCGUAUCGUGUUCUUUGGGGAAGUGAUUGGCCAGUUUGCAAACUUGGUUUUGCAGAAAUUUACGCAGACAUUGACGCCGGUAGUGCCGAAGGAGCAUGGGAGACGUGGAGAAGGUUGACUGGAGUUCUGAUGAAGAGAGCGGGUAUAAUGGAGAAGCAAUCGGAGAUGGACUUCAGUUCCGGGGUGUUAUAG